AUGCAACAUCUACACUCGCAUGAUGACGAUAGCAACACUAUCAUGCUAGACUCACACAUGAUACUAGACAACGACGAAGACGAUCUCUUGAAUAGCAGUGCUUCAAGCACUGCUAUUCACGAUCUAUUGGAUGAAUUCCUAUACCCAAAUGAAAUCGAAAACGAAAUGGAAAUAGAAACAGAUCACAAGUUCAACAACAACGAAGAAUUGUUCACCACUUUCAUCAAAACUGAAGAAAAUAUCAUGAACCACAGCAACAGCACUUCCUCAACCUCAAACAAGAAAAAAAUAACAAAUACAAACAACAUGUACGAGAUCCUGAUAGAUAACACUGUCACUUUUGGUAAUAAAACUGAACUCUCCGAUGACGAAAAGACAAAUAACGAAAUAGACAUGCAAAACAGAAUUAACGAAUACCUAAGUGUCAAUAACGAUUAUCUACCACAUCAACUCGUCAUCUCAAAAUUACCAGAAAAUUGUAGAGUAGAAAAUCAAAUCAAUAUCAAUUUGAAAUUUAACCCUCCUCUACUAAAACAAAAUAUCGUUCAUCUACCUUCAAAUUGUAUCUCAAAGCAAAAACUAUUACUCACUAAAAAAAUUAUCAACUAUCCAAAAAAUUUUAAAGAUGAAAUAGGCUUCUUGGAGGCAUACCUACUGUCCAACUCAACAAAUAAACUCAUCACAGUAUGCUCAAUGUGUGUCAAAAGAGAACAAAGAAGAGCCUCAAGAAGAAAGUCAGGUUUAAGCGAUAACAUGCUAUGGUGUACAAACAAAAAUAAAAGUGCUCUGAUCUUUAACAACAAACAGAUUUUCCCAAUCAAUAACAACAACAACUCUUCCUCCUCCUCAAUAGAGCUAAUAGCAAGAAUGGUUUGCUACACAAGACACCAUAAAUCAAACGACGGCUUCAAAAUCUUAUUCGUAUUGAAAAAUUCAAAUAAUGACAUCCUAGCCAAAAAUUUGUCGUCUCCAAUUCAAAUCAUGGAUAAAAAACCCUUAUCUUCAAAUUCUUCAAUUUCAACUACUACUACUACUACUACCACUCCUAUUUUCACGCUACAAAAUAAUCACAACAAGAAUCAC